GCCUCCUGUCUGCAGGUUAUCAGACAGACUGGAACCUCUACGCCUAGUUAUACUACAGGCACCAACAAAGCAUCUCUGGGAACAAACCAGGCACCUGCAGUUAGAGACAAUCAGCCUGCCACCUCAGGGGUAGUCCAGCCUCCAAACCAUGCACCCAUCCUGCCAUUAUUAACGGGAUCCAGCCAGCCUCUAACCGCAAGUACAUGUGAGUCUCCUGGUUUUGAACCCAACCAGCCUCCUAUCUUUGGUUCCAUUCAGCCUCCAGUCCCUUAUUACAGCCAGCCACAAGUCCCUGCAUCCACUCAGCCUCCAGUCCCUGCUUCCAGUCUCAUUCCGGUCCCCGCACUUCAGCAAUCUUCCGUGACUUUAAAGAACCAGCCUUCCCCCAUUGACCCCAAUCAAGCAUGUGUUCCUACCCAGCACCAAUCUUUAGUUUCAGGGCCCAGCCAAACCUCUGUCCCUACAUUAAACCAAUCUCCUGCUGCCGCGCCCAGCCAGGCUCCUACCCCAGGAGAUGUUCAGGCCCCUGUGUCCGGUCAGCCUUCUGUUCCCAGCCAGUCCCCAGCUUCUGGUCCAAGCCGACCUUCAGUCACAGGACUCAGUCAGACAUCUUCUGGACUAAAUCAGACUCCACCACUUGGUCAGAGCCAGUCUCCAGGCUCCGGCCUAAGUCAGUCCUCGGCACCUGGAGUAAGUCCUGUGUUACCCAAGUCGGAGGCCCAAGAGCAGAUUGAAGCGGAGCACCCGGGCACCUUCAUGCAGCGGCAGUUUGGGGCCCUCCUGCAGCCAGCCGUCAACAAGUUCUCUUUGCGCAUGUUUGGCAGUCACAAGGCAGUGGAGAUCGAGCAGCAGCGGGUUAAAUCUGCAGGGUUCUGGAUCAUCCACCCUUACAGUGAUUUCAGGUUUUACUGGGAUCUAAUCAUGCUUCUCCUUAUGGUGGCCAACUUGAUAAUUCUCCCCGUGGGAAUCACAUUUUUCAAAGAUCAGAACACCCCUCCCUGGAUCGUGUUCAAUGUCCUCUCAGACACUUUCUUCUUGGCCGACUUGAUCCUGAAUUUCCGCACAGGGAUUGUGGUUGAGGACAACACAGAGAUUAUUCUGGAUCCACACACUAUUAAGAUGAAGUAUUUUAAGAGCUGGUUUCUGGUGGACUUUAUUUCUUCCAUCCCGGUGGACUAUAUAUUUCUUAUUGUGGACCUGGAGACAAACGUAGACACAGAAGUGUACAAGACGGCCCGGGCCUUUCGAAUCGUUAGAUUUACCAAAAUUCUCAGCCUUCUGCGACUUCUGCGGCUCUCCCGGCUCAUCCGUUAUAUCCAUCAAUGGGAGGAGAUUUUCCACAUGACCUAUGACUUGGCCAGUGCCGUGGUUCGGAUCUUCAAUCUCAUUGGGAUGAUGUUGCUGCUGUGCCACUGGGACGGCUGCCUGCAGUUCCUGGUUCCAAUGCUGCAGGAAUUUCCUGAGGAUUGCUGGGUCAGCAUUAACAAGAUGGUGAACGAGUCUUGGGGCAAGCAGUACUCGCACGCCAUCUUCAAGGCCAUGAGUCACAUGCUGUGCAUCGGGUACGGGCAGCAGGCGCCGGAGGGGAUGACAGACGUGUGGCUGACAAUGCUCAGCAUGAUCGUGGGGGCCACAUGCUACGCCAUGUUCAUCGGCCACGCCACAGCCCUCAUCCAGUCUCUGGACUCGUCUCGCCGUCAGUACCAGGAGAAGUACAAGCAGGUGGAGCAGUACAUGUCCUUCCACAAGCUGCCCCCCGACACACGCCAGAGAAUUCACGAGUAUUACGAGCAUCGCUACCAGGGCAAAAUGUUUGACGAGGAGAACAUUCUGGGAGAGCUGAGCGAACCCCUCCGAGAAGAGAUUGUAAAUUUUAAUUGCCGGAACCUUGUGGCCAAUAUGCCUCUGUUCGCCAAUGCUGACCCCAACUUUGUGACUGCCAUGCUGACCAAGCUUCGCUUCGAGGUCUUCCAGCCCGCUGACUACAUCAUCCGGGAGGGGACCGUCGGGAAGAAGAUGUAUUUUAUCCAGCACGGCGUGGUCAGCAUCAUGACCCGCGGCAGCAAGGAGACCAAGUUGUCCGAUGGAUCUUACUUUGGAGAGAUCUGCCUGCUGACACGGGGACGCCGCACGGCCAGCGUGCGAGCUGACACUUACUGCCGCCUCUACUCACUUUCUGUGGACAACUUCAAUGAGGUCCUGGAGGAAUAUCCAAUGAUGAGGCGAGCCUUUGAGACUGUGGCCAUGGACCGGCUGGACAGGAUAGGUAAGAAGAACUCCAUCUUGCUACGUAAACGUGCAGAGAACAGCUCAGGCUCAGUGAACAAUGAGAUAAUUCAGCAGAUUGUGAAGCAUGAUCAAGACAUGGCCCAUAACUUCCAGGACCUGCCGUCUCUGGGGCCCAUGAGGGUAUCUGCCCAUAAUAAGACUCUCAUCUGGGAGCCCUUGGUUCAUGCCCCUCUUCAGACUGCAGCAGCCACCACCAGUGUGGCCAUUGCUCUCACACAUCAGCAGAACCUUCAGGCUCAUGUCUUCUUACCCCCAUCUUCUUUACCGGAGACUGCAUAUGCCAGCCGCCAGGCAAGAAGGUCCCAGCCCAAUAUUGGGGGCUCCCGACCCUCCGCUGUUAGUUCUCCUUCUGGUGCACAGUCUCACUUGCAGACACCAGCUGGUAUUUCUGCUUCUUCUCCAUGUGGUGUCCCAAAGCAAGUUGUCACAGUGCCUCCUUCUCGGUUGUGCCAAAUUCAGAGAGCAGAUCCUCCUGUCCUUUCAAAGCCACUUAUGGCUUCUCAAGUGCAACUGUCUCGGUCUCGUGGAACUUCUGCAUCAACUUCUGUUUUGCAGCAAUCAACAGGAUCCACAGGCGCUCAUGCAGUUGCGGGCCCGCUUUCUGGUAGGACUCUGCACUAUAGUCUUUCCAGAACUACAGGUUCUCAUCUCUCUCUCCUCAUGCAGCAAGCUGCCAGCUCCCCGCAGCAGCUGGUCAAACACAGGAGCAUACAAGGACUUCCUGUUGGGAGAUUGUCACAGGACAACCGUCUCCUUUCAGCUUCUCAGCCCUCACUGCCCAACAAAGUGUCUCAGCAGCAGGACAGUGCCGCAUCUCCACGUGCAUCAGACUCACCAGAAGCUCUGAGCAAUAAGUCCUCGCCAUCUGUGCUGCUCCCCAAACCAUCUCUGACCUCUUCCUCUAAUGCUCAGCCGGUGCCUUCAGGGUCUGUCUCCAUGUCUGGUUCUUCUGUCAGCGGCUCCGUUACUCCACAGUCACCCAUUACAUCUCGACAGACGGCUCCAUCACGAAAGGGAUCAGUAGCCUUCAGCCCUGAUGUGGAUCCUGGGAAACCAAAACUCCCAUCUAACAUGUGAAGGCCUCAUCCAUAAAAUCCAUGACAUCUUGAGAUGUGUGCAGGAACCCAACACGACAUGAUAUCCUGUCGGCUGUCCAGUUGGGAGCACGCCAACAUUAAUGAUGCUGAAUGCAGUGUCCACACAGGCCCUGAACGAUUGAGAAGGCAGUGCUUCAUGUGCCGCGUCCCAGCCUCUGGGGUUCCGACCAGGAGCAGACAUCAUUAGCUGGGAUGGUCAUGCCUUAUGCACAACAUAGCUUUAUUGUGAACCAGCAGGGGACCCUUAUUUGCUCAGGGGUUGUUUCAGGAGGGAGGACUACAAGAGGCUGGUGGUGUCCACCUGUAGGGUGUGCGUUGGGUUGAGGUAGACGUAUAUUGGCGGCAGGGCUGAAGCCCAACAUCGAUGCUCCUUGUGAUAUGGGACUGGUGAAGUCUUCUGAUGGACAGCUGAGUGAAGCUUCGUGC